CCAAGCGCGCCUGUGCCGUGCGCCCUGAGCGCACAAUGGCCUCCGCCGACGCAGCCCUUGGUAGCCGGGCCGCCGCCGAGCAGCCGGGCGCGGGCGGACGGAGGAACAGCAGCCCCAGCAGCAGCAGCAGGAGCCCCGGGCCCGGCCAUGCCGCCUCCAUCCCCUCGCCUGCAGGAGCCGGGCUAGGAGGAGGCAGCCCAGCAGCCAUGGACUUCGGACCGGUGACCAUCUGCGGAGAAGUGACCAUCCUGCACGGGGGUUUCCUGCUGGCGUCCCGGCUCUGUCAUCCCAAGCCAUUGUCGGAGUUGGCCAAAUCUGACUGGCCCCUGGUGGGGAAACCCAUUUUGGAGUCCCUGCAGGAGAUCUGCGCGUCCUACUCAACUUACCCACCCCAAGCCAAUGCCUGGAAGAAAAAAGCGGCCGUUAUCCUUUGGUCAAAGAUCCUUCUCUCCGGUGCUUCGUCACCUGCUGAUUCCGUGAACCAGCGGUGGAAGGACGAUGUCUUCUUCUCGGUGAGCAACAUGAUCCCCGAAAUCAACCACACUGUCCUUUUUGAGCUCUUCAAGGCGGUGAAUGCACCCCGGCUUUUUACCCAGCUGCUCUUGGUGCUGCCGGAGCAUAUUUGCCGGAGGGAGUUGGAGACCUUUGUUGAGUACGUGGCCAAGGAGACAUCUCCGGUGGACGUGUCUUUCUUCCUCGACGUCUGGUGGGAGAUAUUGAAACACAAGGAAGGCCAAGAGGACAGGUUGACUUUGUUAUUCCGCACGGUAUCCCAUCAGCAUCUCCAGGAGUCCGACGAAAUGGGCCAAGCUCCGAAGAGAUUCAAGAGCGAUACCCCUGCUUCGUCGGAUGCCUCCUUGGCCCCUGGUGUCCUCCCGAUCUUGAUGGAGGGGUUGAAACUGAUCAAAGAAAGCAUCGUUCCAGCCAGGAUGAAGUGUUCCGCUCUCGCCAACCUGAUGGAUGUGCUAUCCAUGUUGAUCACAGCUGAGUGCGAGAUAGAAUUGCUACCUGCCCAGGUUUACUUGGAGAAGAUCUCCUCGGUGGUAAUCCUCUGGAGUAAUGACUGCGAGAACCGAUAUAACAACAGAGGGCUGGACGAGAAAGUGAAGGAGGCUGAGAGGAGUGUGAGCUUGCUCAGAACAGCCAAGCUGUCCGAUGAAUCGUUGCUCGUCAACUUAGGCUUCCUCCGUACCUUGCUGGAGGUGUGGUCUCAAGAACUCCAGGACCUGUUGAAUGAUCCUCAGCAGAUCUGCUAUGAAAGCUACCGGCUUCUUGACUGCUUGGCAUCACUGGAGAAGAAGUUGACAAUCUGUGCCAAGUCAGAAGAUGUCGACAAGGAAAAGGUACAGGUCAUGUCGGAGUUGGGCGAGCUCAUCACAGACUUAUUGAAGAAGAUCGACCCCGGGCCAUGUCGCAAGAGCUCAGACAGUGAUCUUGCAGCAUCAGUGGCCAUGGCGAUCAUCGAGAAGAAGAUGGACCGACAUGAGGACAUGUGUUCCAUUUUUGCUGCCGAGAAGAACUGGGCAUUCACCAAAGAUUGGGUUGCUUGCCUCAUGAAGAACAAACAACUCUUCCAGGAACCGGAGCUGGUCUUGAAAUUGCUAGAGACAACGGUGGCAGUUAGCCGUUCUGCUGACGUUGCUGAAAGUCGGGAGCAGCAAGGAGAGGUAGCCAAAAUCAUACUUGAGUGUUACACGGAGAUCUCUUUGGCGGAUAAAAACAAAGUGAUUUCAGGGGUCCUGAUGACUUGGGGCAGGCAGGGCCUUUCGGGGACAUUACCGAUGUUCUCAGAAGGGUUCCAGGAAGAACUCAACAUCGCCUUUAACCAGAUCAUCCAGAGCGCCUCUGGCGAAGGCUUCAAGAGAGCCGUGGCCUCAGUGUCCCGGUUGGUGCUACUCAACCCGGAGGCAACCAUCAAGAAAAUAAGCAACCUGGCUGUGGCCAACUUGGGAACACACCAGUUCCUGGCGGAGAUCCUCUGUUCCUUCCCAGCCCUGAACAUCCGAGACUAUCGUGACUCUCCAAACACAUCCAUCGGCCUGCUCCUAGGAUGCUUGAAAGAGACCGUCUGGGACCGACUCUCCUCUGUUAAGGAGAAAGAGCAGUUCUUAGAGUUCUUAGUUUAUCUCAUGCAACCGAGCGGAACCAGCCCUUUCCUGUCUCCGGCAGAGGUGACUCAGCACCUCGUCCUUCCUUUUCUGGCGUCGGACUCUCCUCGGCUCGAACUGUCCUUGCAGAUCCUCGACAAGACCUUGAAGGUGCCUUCCGAACUGAGCUGGGUCGACACCUGCCACCCGUUCCCACUCAUCUUGUCCCUCUGCAAGAUCCUGGACAGGUUCACACAAUAUUGGCACGAGCCGCAAGGCCGGCACAGCUAUUCCCUCGAGACCAAAGACUUGGUGGCGAGCGACCUGGCGCAGCUGUGCGACGCGCUUUUGGCCCAGAAGGACUCCUUGUCUCCCGAGCUGUGGAACCAGUCCGUGUCUUGGCUGCACAAGAAAGCGAGAGCUUUAGAUUGGACUGUCAGCCUCCGCCUGAAGAACAUCUACGGGGAACACUUCAAGAACGAGGUCCCGGCUACUCUCUUUGAGGUCUCCAAGCUUCCAGAAGAGGAGUGGACGUCCCGUCCGCUCCUGAAUUACGGGGCAGGCAGUGGGCUUUUGGCGUGGAUGGAAUGUUGCUGUGUCUCCACGUCCUUGAGAGAGCAGAUGCUGGUGGUUCUUGUGGUCAACGUAGACAACCCUGAAGAAGUCAACCUCUUUAGCAAGGGUUUUUUGGUAGCCCUUGUCCAGGUCUUCCCAUGGUGCAGCCAAAGCGAGUGGAGGAGACUCGUCCAUGUGAUCAAAAGCCUCUUGGAACGAGAGGUCCUCCACGUCCCUUACUCCCUCGAGUACGUCCAGUACCUGCCUCUGUUGAACUUCCGGCCUUUCGCCUACCACCUCCAGUUCUCCGUGCUCCUGCUGAGGGGCUUCCAGUUCCUGUGUGGUUCCAGCGGCGCAUCUUGGCUUCCGGCGGAAGCCUGGAAGCACGUGGCGCGGCUCUACUGCCUUAGCUUGUCUGACUUGCUGGGCUCGGUCAAGAGCAUUGCCCGCGGCCAAUGGCACUCGGUGGAAGAGAAAAACGUGACGCGGGAGCUGUCCUUCGUUGACAUCCAGCUGUUCUGCCACACCCUCCAUGUGGCGGCCAUGUUGCCGGACGACAGCACCAACGAGCCCCUCCUGCUCCUCUCCUUGGAGAUCCUCUCGCAGUACGAGAUGCUCUACGACGCCGACGAGUCCCUCGGCAGCGCCUUGCGGAAGGCCAACGAGAGGCACUUCUUGGAAUCCAUCGCGGAAAACGUCACGAACAAGGAACUCCGCACCAUGCUCUUGCAGAAGCUCCGCAAGCUGUGACGGUCGGCCUCGGUGGACAACCAAGGGAGCAGGGUUCGAUAUUGACUCUCGACCGGUGUUUGCUGAAGCCAAGGGUCCCUUGUUUGUUUAGGGGCACAGGGCUAAAACCAGUUGGCCAAAGAGGACUGGACCGAGACCAUCAGUGGGAAAUUUGGGAGAUCUAUAAUAAACCUUUAUCUCUUUC